AUGGUCUGGAAAUUAAGGAAAGGCAAUGAAGAAAUUCCUCCAGCACGAUUUGCUCCAGAAUAUGUGAAUUUUGCUGAUGAUGAAAGAGUCACUGAAAUUUAUGUUCAGCAUGAAUCUUCUGUACAAUUGAGUGCAAAUGAAUCUGAUAUAGAUACUGGGAAUGAACCUGUUGGGGGUACUGAGAAUGAGCAUGUUGGGGGUACUGGGAAUGAACCAUUAGAUUUGAGUGAUGGUUUAAUUGAUAUGAAUGAUAGUGAUGGUAGUGAUGGCCAAUCAGUUGGGGAGGAUUCUGAUCACUCUGAUUUUCUAGCUGAUAGUGAUUUUUAUGAUUCUGAUGAUGAUAUCCAGUAUGAUGACAAUGUAGACUUUGAUGUAGAAUGGGGAGGAAAUGAAGCUACAUUCCAGAUCAAGAGUCUUAAUGCAGUUCAUGAGUGCAAUAGGAAAGAGAGGGUCACUUGUGCAACAUCUAGGUGGGUAGCCAACAAAUAUAAGGAUAAGUUAGCCUCAGAUCCUAAAUGGCCUGUUGAUUCCGUGAUGUCUAUUGUGCAGAAAUACUGUAAGCUUUUGUUCAGUAGGCAUCAAAUGUACAGGGCAAAGAAAAAAGCCACUGAGUUGAACACUGGCUCAAGUGUUGAACAAUAUGGCUUAAUGUGGAGGUAUGCUGCAGAAGUGGUUAAAACUAAUCCUGGCACCACAAUUAGGAUUAAAACUAAACCUGUUGGGGAUGGGAAUGAAAUGAGAUUUAAAAGAGUUUAUCUGUGUUGGGGGGCUUUAAAGGAAGGGUUUCUGUCAUGGUGUAGGCCUAUUAUCUUUUUGGAGGGAUGCCACUUGAAAACAUCAUAUGGUGGUGUCCUAUUGUGUGCUGCAGGGAUAUAUGCUAACAAUGGUAUUUAUCCAUUAGCAUAUGCAGUAGUUGAAAAGGAGAAAAAAGAUAGUUGGUUGUGGUUUAUUGAAUUGUUGAAAACAGACUUGAACAUUGAGAAUAGUGGUUUGUGGACUGUGAUGAGUGAUAAACAGAAGGGGCUCAUUGAUGCUGUAGAGUUGUUGCUGCCUUUUUCAGAGCACAUAUUUUGUGUGAUGCACUUAUACAGUAACUUUAAGUUGUCACAUAGAGGCUUAGCUCUAAAAAAUAUUUUGUGGAAAGCUGCCAGAGCUUCUAGGAUUGUGGAUUUUGAAAGGGUGAUGAGGGAACUGGGUGAGAAGGACAAAUCAGCCUUCAAAUGGCUUGCUAAGAGGCCUGCAGCACAUUGGUCUAGGUCUUAUUUCAACACAAACUCCAAGUGUGAUGUGUUACUGAACAACAUGUGUGAAAGUUUUAAUGCAAUGAUUGGAAGGGCUAGGAGUUUACCUAUCAUUGACAUGCUGGAAGCUAUCAGAAUGAUCUUAAUGAAGAGGAUUCAUCUGAAAAGAGACACGAUGGCCAAAUACAGUGGUGAUAUUUGUCCUAACAUUCAGAGGCAGUUAGAUGAUUUGAAGAAGAAGUCUAUGGACUACAUAGCUCAUUGGAAUGGCAAGGAUCAGUUUGAGGUGGAGAGCUGUUAUAGGGAGAAGUUCAAAGUCCACCUUGGGGAUAAUAGCUGCAGCUGUAGAAGAUGGCAACUAACUGGAAUCCCAUGUGCACAUGCUAUUUCAAGCAUGUAUUGCAUGGGAUACACACCUGAGGAUUAUGUUGAAGGCUGGUACAAGAAAGACAAAUACAUGGCAAUCUACAGUCACUUGAUGAAUGCUAUGGAGGGUAAUGAGUCUUGGCUUAAUUCUGGCAAAAGUAAACUACUUCCUCCAGACAUUGAGAGCAUGCCAGGUAGACCACAGAUGCACAAUAGAAGAAAACAGCCAGGUGAAGGGUCCAGGGAUAUACCAGCUCUUGUUUGCAAGAACAUAACAACAAUUGGAAAGUUGGGGAGGCAAGGAGUGAUAAUGACUUGCAGUUUGUGUCACCAGAAGAAACAUAAUGCAAGAGGUUGUUCAUUAAGGCAACCAAGUGAGCAAGGCACCACUAGUGGUGCUGCAAAUAACAAAAGAAAGAGGAAGCAAUCAAAGAAGGGCAAGGAAAAAAUACCCAAUCAAGUGUCUGAAACACCAGUGAUGGAUGAUGAUACCUUGAGCCAGGAAAUUGAGGCUGUAUAUCAGAGCUUGAUUAAUGAAGCUGAAGAAACUUCAAAACAAACUGAUGAGACUGUGAGUAAAAGACAGAAAUUACCAGUUAGGAAAGGGAAGAAAAAAAGCAUUCCAGAAGAGGUGGUUCCAAAAUCAAAAAAGAGCAAAGAACCUAUGGUGGUUGAGCAACUGAAGGUUCCAAGAACAUGGAAGGGCAAAGAACCUAUGGUGGCCAGUCAAACUUCAAGAGUGCCAAGAACACCUAGUAGCCAGCUAUCACAAACAACUUGUUCAAAAUUGAUGGCUACCAAUAUCGAUAUAUGGCAGCCAGUUUCAAGAAGCAGCCCCGAUAAAUUCGAUUUCCUUGAGAAUCAGGAGUUGGAAAAGUUUCUUGCAAAGUCGGGAGUAUUUGAAAGUCGAGAAGCAUCUUCUAAAAGAGAGGAAGUUCUUGGUAGAUUGGAUCAGAUUGUGAAGACGUGGGUCAAGAACCUCAGUCGUGCGAAAGGUUAUAGUGAAUCAAUAGUUGAUGAGGCGAACGCAAAGCUUUUCACCUUUGGCUCUUACCGACUCGGUGUGCAUGGGCCUGGUGCUGAUAUUGAUACAUUGUGCGUCGGACCACAAUACGCGAGCCGUAGUGUAAGGAAGAUUUCUUCGGCGGACUUCAGAAAGAUGCUGUCAGAGAUGCCUGAAGUAGAAGAGCUGCAUCCUAUAACCGAGGCUUAUGUUCCGGUGAUGAAAUUCAAGUUUAACGGUGUUUCCAUCGAUCUACUAUACGCAAAUGUGUCCCUCUCCUGUAUUCCUGAAGACUUGGAUAUUUCACAAGAUUCUAUACUGCAAAACGUGGAUCCAAAGACUGUUCGUAGUCUCAAUGGCUGUAGAGUCACUGACCUAAUAUUGCGCCUCGUGCCAAAUGUUAAGACAUUUUGUACUACCCUAAAAUGCAUGAGGUUGUGGGCGAAGCAACGUGGCAUCUAUUCAAAUGUGUCCGGAUUCCUAGGUGGUAUUAAUUUGGCAUUGCUCGUCGCCCGGGUUUGCCAGAUGUAUCCAAAUGCUAUGCCUAGCAUGUUGGUCACUCGUUUCUUUAGAGUGUACGAUCAAUGGCGGUGGCCACUUCCUGUUAUGUUGUGCCCAGUUGAAGAAAAAUCUUUAGGAUUUCGGAUUUGGGACCCUCGGACGAAUUGCAUGGAUAAAUUACAUCGCAUGCCAAUAAUAACUCCGGCAUAUCCGUCCAUGAACUCUAGCUACAACGUUUCAGCUAGUACAUUGCAAUUCAUGGUACAAGAGUUUCACAGGGGGAAUGAAAUAUGUAAGGCCAUAGAAGUAAGCAAGGGUAGCUGCUGGGAUUCUUUGUUUGAGCCGUUUGCGUUUUUCGAGGCAUACAGAAAUUAUCUUCAGAUCAACAUAGCGGCAAAGGAUGGGGUUGACUUGUUGAAUUGGAAAGGAUGGGUCGAGUCUAGGAUCCGCUUGCUUACCUUGAAGAUUGAAAGGGACACGAACGGGAUGGUACAAUGUCAUCCACACCCCGGUGAAUUUUCGGAGAAAUCGAAGCCAUUUCAGCACAGCUAUUUCAUGGGCUUACAACGGAAACAACAAGGGAGUGCUAAUCCAAAGGAAAGCCAAUUACAAGUCGAUUUAAGAACAACGGUUGAUGAAUAUAUAAAUUACGACGUAUACAAAUACGCAUCUUGGAAGGAAAACAUGUCGAUUCAAGUGUCAAGGUCAUGCACGACAGAUGCUGCUAUCGAUACCAUCAGCAAGAAGACGAAAAGAAAUGAAAAUACCGUACAUUUAGAUAUUAUCAGUGAGAUUCUUGGCAACUUUGAUUCCUCGCAACUGCUUCUUCUAGAAGGCCUGCGUUCGAAUAGUAGUAGUUCUAAGCCGUUGAUGGUCUUUACUGCAGAGCAAGAUUCGGGAGCUUCGAAAACGGGAAACAGCGGAUGCAACGUUCACAUGCAGCAGGAGCUUGAGCCUCUUGAACUUAUUGAACCAUCGAUCGCUUCUGUGCAUACGCCAACGCAAAAACCACUUAUCAGGUUCAACUUCACGUCUUUAGAAAGAACAAGGACGACAACGAACAUCACAUCAUGCAAGGGAUAUCCGUUACUCACCACAAACGGAUUGGAGAUGCGCACCGUACCGACGGAGUAG